AUGCCUUUCGACGCUUCUAAAGCCAAUGCUACCAACGGUGCAAAACUCUUUAAGACUCGUUGCGCCCAAUGCCAUACUUGCGAUAAAGAUGGUGGUAACAAAGUUGGACCAAAUCUUCAUGGUCUUUUUGGCAGGAAAUCCGGCCAGGUUUCUGGAUUUACCUAUACUGCUGCAAAUCAAAACAAGGGUGUAAUCUGGAAAGAAGAUACCUUGUUUGAUUAUCUCGAAAAUCCAAAAAAAUAUAUCCCUGGAACUAAAAUGGCAUUUGCAGGGUUUAAAAAGGAACAAGAUCGUAAUGACGUAAUUGCUUAUUUGAAAGAGUCAACGGCAAAAUAA